GUAGCGGAUAAGUGUGUCCUCGUUCACUCUCAAAUCUAUUGCGGUUCGUUUGUGACUCUAAACGUAAAAAAAAUCUUAUCAAACCCGCUUUAAUCCGCGUUACUUCUGCUGCAACGCUUCAGUUAACACCGGGAGACUAUAUUCAAGCUUCAAGUCUGACCCGAGUGUGAAUACCCGAAGAGGGGGAGAAUGUUCUGCGCCCCAUAAUGGGUGGUAGCGGGUCUAAAGGUAAAGGUUACUGGCCGUUCUCUGGUUCGGGUGGCAGCGAUGAUCCUGCCAAAGAGGGCCAAGAGCAAAGCCUGACCAGGGUGCGGAGCAUUCGAAAUGCGACGCCUUUCGUGUUUACCAGGAGGAGCUCUUUGUUCUUCGAUGAAGACGGCGACCUGGCUCACGAGUUCUACGAAGAAACGGUAGUGACUAAAAAUGGCCGGAAGAAAGCCAAACUAAAACAAAUCCACAAGAAUCUCAUACCUCAGGGAAUCAUAAAGUUGGAUCACCCUUGUAUCCACGUUGAUUUUCCGGUCGUCAUCUGUGAGGCUUGAUGCCAUUGGUCGCCUCCUGCGAAGAUUCCGUCCUUUCUCAUUUUCCUCCCAACCGCCGGAUCCUGGACACGUCUGCUGUGUGGUGCCCCCAUGUGUUUGGGAGGACUCUAUGCAUGUUGUGUGGAAUCCCGGCAAACAGACCGUGAGAUAUUCCGGCUGUCUGCCUGAGAAGAGGCCAUGGCCUGACAAUGAUGUCCUGACUCUUUCAAUCUCUUGUAAUCUGCCACAUGUAUGUCUUGAAGACUAUUAUUAUGGGCUGUAUGGCCAAGACACUAAUUGUGGUUUGUAUAUGUGUGUAUGAGUGUUUGUUUGACUGAUAUAUGUGGUCAUAGAAGUAGAGAAUAUUUAGCAUUGUUUGACUUUUAUCAGGAGCCGAUCAUGAAGGAAUGAAGAGGAUCGUUGUUCUAGAAGCAAUCUUAAAGAUCAGGUUGUAUAUGGAUGCUUUAAUCGAUGGGCAUUGCAUAAGCAAAGCUUCACAGGUCGUCCGGACGCAAUGUUCGUGGAGGUAAUGCAGUUAGGGUUAGUACAUUUUAAACUACAGCCUGAAAUUUUGCAUGUAGUCCCUAUAAACCUGAAUCUGCUUUAUUUUCAGCCAGUAGGGGAGAAUCAAUGGCUGUUUACCAUGCUGUGAUUUGUUAUUGCUGCGCUCCUUGUUUGGGUGAUUAAGUCACUGAGUGACAUAGUGCUGCCAAUCACUGAGAAGCCCCGCCCCUCUCACUUGAGUGGCUGUCUUUAUUUAUUACUGUUAAAAUAAGGCAUUAAAAAAAAAAUACCACCUCUAAACGCAUAUCAUGUGUGUCCAUUUAUUCAAGUCAGAUUUUAAGAGCGAACUUGCAGCACACACACACACACACACACACAAAAUCAAACUUUACUGUCAGAUUUAUUUGUAAUUUUAUUGUCUAAAUGUUUUAUUUAAUUUAUUUUUUUAAUUGUAUUUUAAAGUAAUUGCCCCUUUUUAACCACAAGGAGUCAAAAACAAUACUUCUAUACUUCUUUUCUGUCUUCUGUUUGUUUCAAUUAAGUUUUAUCAACAGCCAAACAAAAUAAAUACUCAAGUUCAAAGCUAUUCCAUCUCUCCAGUCUUUUCCCCAUCCUGCAUUGUGUAUUUGUGUGUCCUGCUGUUGA